GCCUCCUCGUUGGCUCACUUACGCCUCCGCCCGCACUUUGAUCGUUCGUUCUCGAUUAAGCUGCAAUGAGCCAUAUCGAGCUUACCCGGAUCAUCGAUCUUUGGGCUGCCUUCAUACUAUCAAACGCAGUUGUCGGCGUUUAUUGCCUUCAAUACAACAAACAGAGACCCAUGUUGAUCCGACUUUUGCCCUCGUUUGCUUCGAUCUCGAUUACCGCUCCACUGGCAAUUGCUUUCCAGGUCAUUCGAGACCACGUCAAAAGAUCCACAGCCCCAAGCGUCUUGGCUACAGUGCUACACUGCUGCUGCAUUUGCAUCAUAAAUUAUGUCGAGUUCCUGGAGCUUCAUACACUCAUUUUCAGCAUCCGCCCUCCACGAAUCGCAUUGCUUUGGAGCAACAUGGAUGCGAAGGGGGCUGUUUGGUUCAUAGCUACCUUCGAAUGCGUCCUUCUUGUAGCCGGCUUGGGAAUUCUGGUUAUUACGCCAUAUGAUCUGGUAGCUUUGCCGUUGGUCGCCAAUCGAUUUCUCCAGUUCGCCUCUUUUUCUUGGUUGUUAUGGCUGCGCAGUUGUAAGACAGACGACCUGCCGAGACCCAACUUGAGACUUGGCCCCUCACCGAGUCAUUCGAGAGAUCAAAGGCGCGUAUGCGGCUUGACAGCAUGCAGUUCUGUGGCUACGGCUGUGUCGACAUUAGCUCUGGCGCUUUCAGCUGCGGGCAACCCCUUUUUUGCGACGUCGCUCCAGUGCUCAGUUUGCGUCUUGACACUUGGCCCAACAUACGUCAAACGUGUUUCCGACACAAGGCACCACGAAGGGGCAGCAUCACCUCAAAAUUGGACUCAUGGAAGCAUUUUGAAUACGGGCGCCGGGAUACUCUGAGUAUUUGAGAAAUGAGAGGGCACACAAGAUUGUAAAUGCGUCGAGAAGAGUAGUAAAUGAAAUUGAUUCUGCCU